AUUGUUACUUUUAUCACCUAUCCUAUUAAUCCUUCAGAUAUGACUUCAGAGGAGACUACACAAACUGCAGAAGCUCUUAACAUCACUGAUUAUUACUCCACCAUAACACCAGCAGGAGAAACCAUUUUAUGCAACAUAACACCUGUCUGUAAUUUUUCAGUGUUCUAUGUGGGCAAGGUAACACUUCAGGCAAGUGAAGAAAGUAACACGUCACUAAAUGUAGAAAUAAUUAAUAACAUAACCAUCAAUAAUCAAGUUACAAAAUUAAUUGCCAUUCCAGCACCUACCCCACAAGAACUGAGAAUUUCAGAGUUCAACAAAACCUUGCAAGCAGUAAGUGAGUCUUCUGUUAUGGAAUGCAGUGCAGAAAACCAGAGUAUACACUGCAAUUUCAUAAUGAAGCUGGCUGAGAGAGAGAAUAUAAGCAGCUUAAAAGGCAAAGCAGAAAUAAGCCAACUUGAACGGUGCUGCUGUUCAUCACUGAAGUAUUGUUCCUUGACUGCUGAAGAAUUACAAAUGUAUACUAUACAAGUGCCACCUCAUUCUAUAUGGGUUCCUUUCCCUCAUUCUCCUUCUCUCCCUAAAAAGACUUCCCCCAAAUCUAAUACUUUUAUUUCCCCCACUAUACUUUCUACCAAACAAAGCUCCACAAUUAGACCACUGAUCCCACCAUUCACAGACAUUUCUUUUUCUGGAACUCUCUCCAAAUCUCCCACUACAAAUCCUCUCUCUGAAACUUCUACCACAUCUAUUACUGAAACUUCUGUGUCUUCCACCAGUAUUACCACUACACUUUCCUCUUCUGAGUCUCUUGCUCAACCUACCGUGCCAACUUUUCCUUCCAUAGCUUCUAAUAAAUCUGUCACUGCUUCCACACCUGCAACAAAAUCUGUCACUAAUGCUGCUUUCUCAAAUAAAUCUGAUGCUGCAUAUGUUAGCAAGCCUAUUACAAUAAUUUCUCCUUCUAUAAGUUUCACUAAACAUUCUGUAGUUUCCUCUUCGGAGCUCCCCCCCAAACCUCCAAUAGCAAUUCCCCCCUUUGAGACUACCACUAAAUCUGUUGCACAAAUUCAUCCUGCUACGGAUUCGACGCAACCUAUUUCUGGUAACAAAAAUGUUACUACAGCACCUAUUCUUCCCCUUACUCCUUUCACAAUAACUUUGACCCCUACUGUUAGUCCUGUCAACCAUUCUGUCUCAGCUUCUCAUCCUCAUUCUACUGCUGAAGGCCAUGGUAGACUGCCUAAUGGGAGCACAGGAAAGAUACUAUCACCUACGACAUACACAACUUCUGUAUAUACCACCAUUAACAUCACCACAGCUGAGCAAAUCGUGUCCAAAAUAGAAAAUGAUUUAGCAGCUGGAAAAGUAGAGCCACAAGAUGUAGAAAGGAUGGUUAGUGAGGUUAGCAAAGUCCUGACUGCUUCUCAGCCAUUACCAUCCCGGAUUUCUAACAGAAUUAUAAAACUGGUGGAUUAUAUUGGCUUAAAACUGAACUUUUCAGCAACGUCUGCUGAUUUUGCCUCCCCUUCCUUGGCUCUGGCAGUUGUUAAAACCAAUAGCAUCCGCUCCAACCAAAUGUCUUUUGCUGUCCAGGACUCAGCUGAUCUCCAGAUCUCUCUAGGCAUUAAUGCAAUUCAUGAUUUAAAUAACCUCGGAUCAAUUACGCUUCCUUCAUCGUUGCUGACAAAUUUACCCCCUGAAGAGCUGGACUUGGCUUCUAGAAUUAUAUUCAACUUCUUUAAAAAGACCACUGUGUUCCAGGAUCUGUCCUUGAAGAAUGCAUCUUUAAUCAGCAAUGUUAUAUCAUCAAGUGUUGCUAACCUCACAAUUAGCAACUUAAAAGCAAAUGUUACCGUCACUUUACAGAAUAUCAAACCUAAUCAGGAUAAUUCAACAGUUAGGUGUGUUUUUUGGGACUUUAAUAAAAACGGUGGACAUGGAGGCUGGUCAUAUGAAGGUUGCACAGUUAAAGAAAGUAGAGUAAAUGAAACAGUCUGUUCAUGCAACCACCUCACAAGCUUUGCAGUUUUGAUGAACUUGUAUGGAAAUACUCCUUUGAAUCCCACACAAGAAUUGGUACUGACUUUUAUAUCUUAUAUAGGCUGUGGCCUCUCUGCAAUUUUUCUUUCUAUUACUCUUGUGACCUACAUAGCCUUUGAGAAAAUCCGGAGAGACUACCCCUCCAAAAUCCUUAUUCAGCUGUGUGCUGCAUUACUUCUACUCAACUUAGUUUUCCUCCUUGACUCAUGGAUCGCACUGUAUGAUACACGAGGCCUAUGCAUUGCAGUUGCAGUAUUUCUUCACUAUUUCCUCUUGGUUUCCUUCACUUGGAUGGGCCUAGAAGCUUUCCACAUGUAUCUGGCCCUUGUGAAAGUCUUUAAUACCUAUGUACGGAAAUACAUUCUUAAAUUUUGCAUUGUUGGUUGGGGAUUACCAGCAGUAGUUGUGUCUAUUGUGUUGGCAGUAUCACCAGAUAAUUAUGGACUUAUAACCACUGGAAAGGUUUCAAUAAACAGACCUGAUGAAUUCUGCUGGAUUAAAAAUAGAAUUGUCUUCUAUAUUACCGCUGUGGGAUACUUUUGCCUGAUAUUCCUGAUCAAUAUCAGCAUGUUCAUUGUUGUGCUGAUCCAGCUCUGUCGUAUUAAAAAGAAAAAACAACUUGGUGCUCAAAGGAAAACCAGUAUUCAAGACCUUAGGAGUGUUGCUGGCCUCACAUUCUUGUUGGGAAUUACUUGGGGAUUUGCUUUCUUCACAGUAAAUGAGGUAUUUACUUACCUCUUUACCAUUUUCAACACUUUGCAAGGUAAGUUUAUCCUUCAUGUGACAGCCCAUGGCUUUGGGGUGACGUGUGACAUUCAAGAAAGGGCCAUUGAGACAGGCAAGGCUGCAACAUCUGAAAGUUAGCAAUCUAACUCUUAUGCAUGGCCUUUA